UCCCAUGGUUUUUAAUGUCAUAUUACCAUUAAACGAAUCUCGUAAAAUUAUUAUACUUUGCGAUUUAUAUUAUUUUGUGGAUCCACAGGAGUACGCUAGUAUCUUUUCAUUAUAUAAAUUGGUUCUUACUUUUAUUUUAUACACGAUUAUUGGCACUCAAUUUAUGAUAAUAAUAUUCGUUCAACAUUGUUGCGGAUUUUUCAAAAUUGCCAGUUAUCAUUUCGAACAUGCGAUGGAUACAUACAAAGGACAAAAUGAAAUCGAAAUAUAUUACAUUAUUUGUGCAAAACUAAUCAAAGCAAUAGAAGUAUAUAAAUUAGCUGUCAAGUUUUUUAAAUGGGCAAUUGGUAUAUAUAAAAUUCCAUACACUAUAAAUAUAUUUUUAUAUAUACUUGAUGUCAGUGUUCAAUUAUAUUAUGUCGUUUAUAUGCUUCAACAACUGGAGAACAUCUAUAAAUUGUGCUUCAACAUAUUAUUGCUAAUCGGUAAAUUUUGUUUUUUAUUUUUAAUCGGUUAUUUAAGACAGAAUAUAGAAAAUCAUAGUAUCGAAGUUUUCGAAAAAUGUUAUGAUAGUCUAUGGUAUACUGCACCAAAGCUACAAGAAAGUUACUAUUGAUUAUAAUGAUAAAUAUCAUGAAACCAUGUCAAUACAAAAUGUUGGGAGAAUUAUUUAAAAGCAACAUCAAAGGUUUUGCACAGG